GUACGUCCAUGACCCACUGUGGAGAACAUAACACGUGGAGUGUCGAACAUGCGGGCACACAGCGAUGGAGGCGAAGACCACGUUGGCUUCGGUGACGACGCAGACGAAGGGAUGAGGGAAGACGUGGAAGCGGGGGACGACGACGACGACGUUCCAAUUCGGCCUUUGGGGAAGACGACUGGGAGGGGGAAAGGACGCGGUAGAGGUGGUGUCCAUGGUCGAUCCGUUGGCCGUGGAGGCAGAGGUGGCGUAAGUCACGACGCCGGGAAGUCUCCGACGUACUGGUCUGCAGAAGAUCAAAUGCUCCUGGUGCGAUGCAAACGGGAGCAAGAUAUGCACCUCGCCUCCUUGUCUCACAAUUACGGGCGGAUGAAGACGAAAGAGGGGAAGUGGGAGGACAUGUCGAAGCAGAUGGCGAAUGCGAGGACGCCGAAGGAUACUGACGACUGCAUGAAGAAGUGGGACAAUCAGUUCCAGAACUACAAGAAAAUUCAGAGGUUUCAGAAUGCCAGCGGGCGGCCAGAUUUUUUCAGGCAGAUGAACGAAGAGAAGAAGGAGCACAACUUCAAGUUUCGGAUGGACACGGCGCUGUACAACGAGAUCCACGCAGGCAUGGUGGGAAACCACACGAUUUUCCCUCCCAAUGUUGCCGACACCGGCAGUCCGGAUGGGGUGCAGCUGCCCAUGCGAGGAGCGGGUGGCGGGGAGUCUGUUUGUAGUAAGGCGGCCGGUGAAGGCUGCCUUGACGAGCGUUCUUCUGCGAGGGAGUCCGACAGCAACGUAGGCAGCGGGGCGGGAGGCGGGAAGCGGAAGAACGCGCGUCAACAGUCAUUCGAGUCCGUCUCUGAUGUCAUGGAACGCCAUGGCGCAUUGAUGUCGUUGACGAUCGAAUCGUCUAGCAAGCGGCAAUGCAGCAUUUUCACGAGGCAAUGCGACAUAUUGAAGCAGGAAGUUGCCGUCCAAAAAGCGCAUUAUGCGGCAUCCGAUGAGACGCAGAGGAUGAUGUGCCAAGCACUGUUGGAGACCGUUGCCGCCAUCCGUGGUCAAUCGGCCAUGUAGGCCAUUACGUGCUGUAUUGAUCAAAGUUGGUUCUUUGCCGUCGUCAUGGAGUUCUUUUAUUUUUUUCGGUUGUAAAUUUCAUGAUGUUGCCAUUGGCGAUGCUCGUGGAUGGCUGUCGCGGAAGCAAUGCCAAGUAGUUGACGGACAAUCGGGGGCGGCGAGAGGGGUCGUUUGCUGCGAGGGGGACGCGCGGUGGGGUGUCCGCGGGUGAAGGCGGGCCGUCUUGGUUUUGGUCCUUCCAGAGUGCAUUCGCGCGCAUCGACCGA